UCAAAAUAGUAACGAAUGGUAACGAACAAACUUAUCGCACCGCGGAGCUGUGUACAAUUUUUUCACAUGUUUACUAUACUUAAAACUUAACGUUUAAAAUGAUGUACGUCAUGCUUUAUAAAUACUCUUCACUGGUGAUUUUCCAACUCCAAAAACGGGUGUGAGGGCCGAUUUCGUAUUGGGCGUAAACAAAACGUCAAGUAGUCUUACUGUAUGAGUCAAUUACACAUAAGAACACAAUGGGGAGACAGUAUUACAUAUUUGUGUUAUUAUUGUUGUGUACGUGGACUUGCAGCGGCGACCGUGGGGACUACAUCGGCUGCUACAAGUUGAUGGUUGAAAAUGUCCUCAACACUCAUACUGGACAGUCUGUGGAUGUCUGCUUGUCGGCGUGUGAGCAAGUAUACUACAAAUACGCAAUCAUAGGUAAUGAAUCGACGUGUUUCUGUGGAAAUGAGCCGGGUAAAUUUCAACUACCACUUGAGUCUUGUCCUACUCGAUGUCCUAAGAAUGACACUCAGUUUUGCGGCGGGGAAAAUGCCGCUAGUGUGUACGAUACCGAGGUGUUCUCUCCUGGGCCUCCGGCAUCAAUCAAUAUUACUAACGUUACUGAAACUACGCUGAGGGUCCGCUGGACAGCCCCAGAUGCCUUCUCAUCCAUUUCUGGUUAUAUUAUAAGAGCUAUAGUUGUUGAGACCUAUGCUGACUUUGCCCUUAUAGAUCUUGAAUGGAGAGUAUCUAAUAAAACCUUUUACACUGAACUAUUGAACUUGCAACCCGGCUCCAAGUAUCAAAUAGGAGUGGUGGCAGUCAAUGAUGGCUUUGAAGGCCCCAACAUCACAACCACAGUAGAAACUGUGAUUGGAACUCCAGAUCCCAGCCCGCCCGACAUAGAAAUCAUAGAAAGGAAAGGAGAUAGAAUGGUGGUGCACAUCCCUGAAGCUAAAAAUGUAAAUGGCCCAGUGUCUAUGUAUAGGAUCGUAGUCUCAAUAGAGUUGUAUCAACAAGGAUUCAUUGUUGAAAACCUAGGCAAUUACACGUAUGCCAGUGACCAAGGACUCCCCUACUACAUUACAGCAGAGCUGGACCCUGAUGAUAUUCAACAUAAUUUUAUCAUCGGAGACAGACACACAUACAAUGGAUUCUACAAUGCUCCUCUACCACUGACCAAUGAUAUUGAUGUGUCUUUAGGUGUUGUAAGUGAAAAAGAUUUUGUGAAAAGAAUUAGAUAUGCAGAAUCAACUAAAAAAAUUAUAUUAAAUAUCAAUGAACCAGAGGAAACUUCUCCAUUGGUAAUAGCACUUGGGGCUGCCAUUGCUAUCAGUGUGGUUCUACUUCUAAUUGGAGUAGGACUGCUCAUAAUCUUGCGUAAGAGAAUACAGCUAGUAAGAUCUCAGAGAGGCUCCCAGUCAAUGCCAUUAAGUCUUAGUGAACCAUGCAUGGAGAUAGAGAAUUCAGGUUUUAUAGAAGAAGAACAUGAAAGAGUUGAUUAUUACAGCAAUUUAAAAAGAAAACUGUGGAACAUACCUAGAAACCUUAUAGACAUUGAUAUUUCUUGCAUUGUUGGUGUUGGCAGCUAUGGCAAAUUUACCAGAGGAAAAGUGCAACAACAUGGGGCACAGACUCCUGGCCUAGUGCAAGUGGUAGCUGACAGGGAGCUGGAGAGACCAGACAAGAAACUAAUGCUGCAGGAACUGGACCAACUCAUCAAGUCUAGUGAACAUGAAAAUGUGAUCUCACUCAUAGGGUUCUGUGAAACUAACACAACAUUAUUUGUAGUUCUUGAAGAUAGCAAACAGAGUUUGAAGGAUUUGCUACUUCAGAGCAGACACAGGGACCUUCAAAACAAUAAAUUCUGUCUGAUACCGGAGAACAGGCUGCUUCAGUACUUUGUGGACAUUGCUCAAGGUAUGGAAUACUUGCAUAGUAAGAAAAUUCUACACAAACGCCUCAGUUGUCGUAACGUCGCGCUAAGUGAAAAUGGUGUCGCGAAAAUUGCCGGGUUUGGUUUAUCUCACAUGAGACCAUUGCACGAGACACCAGAUUACACGCGCUGGACAUCUCACGAGAUGUUGCGACUGACUAGAUUUAACCCUAAGGCAGACGUUUGGUCGUUUGGUAUCCUCAUGUGGGAAGCACUCACGAUAGGAGCAACUCCAUAUUUCCAUAGUGCUAAUAAAGACGUAGCAGCCCGAAUUCUUCGAGGCAUGCGGCCAUCGCAGCCGUCGUACGUAGGUGACGACCUGUUCCAGCUUUGCCUGCAGUGCUGGCAGGUGGAUCCUGACGAGAGACCCACAUUCUCUGGCUUAGUGCACGAAUUAAAGCCAUUUGCCGAAGCUCCUGGUUGCAGGAGUCUGAGUUUUACUCAUUAUAAUGGUUUCAAUUACGAACCACAUGUAGCGCAGUACGAAAUCGUUUCAUAGUAUUUUAAGGAUCAGGCAACUAACCAAAACAUAGGUUUAUUAGCUUCCAAAGAGUUAUGUUUGAUACUCGAGUGUAAUACGAGGUCGGGAAACCAGCAACAAUGGAAUAAAUUAAACAAGGUUUAUUUUAAUAUGAAGGACAAGGAAUUGAUAUUUUCAGAACUAGAUUUUUGUUUUGUAAUUAACAUGUGUAUUGUUUGUUCGCCAUUCAAGUUAACUGAGAAGCUAGCGGUUGUAGUCACGCGGAACAAAUGAUCACGCGCUGUUGACCGCUUGCGGCACCAAUACCAACCACGGUGAAUUGCUGAUUUUACACAGACAAAGCUCCACUAAAAGACAUUUAGACUAAUUGAACGUAAUAACGUAGUAGUCAUGUUAUAUUUAAACACGUAUUAGUGACUGCAUUUUUAAAAAUGAAAAUUUUUUAUUAGGAAAUUGUAAAUUUAACUAAUUAACUUCGUAAUGCAGUAAGUGUAAUGUUAAAAUACUGGAACAUUAUUUUACCAGUUUGUGCUUAUACUAACCAAAUUAUAACCACAAAAGUACCUAGAAUUAGUGCGCACGUUGAAGUUAACCCUUCACGUAGGUGACAGUCCCGCAACAUGUUACCUUUCUCAAGAAAUGUAGAUUUUAUAUUGUAGUUUUAAGUUAAAUAGCAUUAACAGGAAUUUCAAGAGUAAUUUCAGAAGAGUACACUUGACAACCCGUUACAGACAUGUACUCGACUGGUUAGAUUUUGUGUUAAAUAAAUUUGUAUGCACCAGCCAACUGAAUAUACUAGUUAUGUAUUUUAUGUUUAUUUUAAAUAAAUAAGUUGGAAUAUGAAGACAUACCCUCACUUGAAAAUAAUCGUACUUAUGUUGCUAGGUAGCUAAGUAAAGUUUUACGUAUCGAAACUAAAAAUAUUAAUCCAUUUUACGAAUAUUAAAUGGCUUGGCACGACUGCUUGUAAAAAUCAAGACGAAUUAUCCGAUUAAUGAAAUCAUAAUUCGCGCGACUUUAUAGUUUUUAAUUUGACUUGUAUCGAUGGUCCUUCGAGCUUUAUUUUCAGUAUUUUAAAUGUUUUAUAUCUUUAUAAGUUUACAUUAAAAUACUUGAUAAUGUUCUACAUCUACAUAAACGAUGGGAUAAUUUUAAACAUAAAUCUUUAUUAAGAUAGUAUGUUCACUGGUAGGUACUUAGUUUAGAAGUUCAAAUUAAAAUCAUUGGAGGAUAAUCUCACGUUCUAUACUGCAGCUGUAGCCAAAUACCAUUUAGCGCUUGUCUACAUGUAGAAUAGAAAACCAAAUUAUAUGGAAUUGACGUAAAUUUUGGCACCGGUUAGUGUCAUCCCAAUACAUUUAGUUUUCUCUCUGUAGACAAGCGCUAAAGUGGCGUUUGGCUAAAGGCACUGAAUUUAUUAUGAUCUAGGUACUCAAUUUCUUACUUUUCUUCGUUAUGUAACUGUUUUCUAUUUACUUAUGUAUUGGGGUCUAAUUAUCUCGGGCAAAGGCUUCUAUAAUUAUUAUAAAAUUUGUAUGAUGGUAUUGAUUGAUGUACUUUAUUGUCUAAUAUUUAUUUCUGCUAUAAUUUACUUAAUUUGACUUUUUAUUAUCUACUUAGUUACAUUUAGUUUUGUAAGAUUUUAUUUAAGUGAUCUGAAAUAAGGAAUUCCGUCCAUUUAUUCGUAUUUUUGUACGAAAUCUCAUUUUUGUGUAAAUUUUGUAUUGUAUAACCAGCAUAUUUUUUUUU